CUUCAUCAGGUUUACUUCGAUGCUCCCACCUGUAAGGGAGGGAAGCCCGAGCGUCUCUUCCUGGUCGGGGACUACUCCUCCUCCGCGGAGUUCUUUGUCACCAUCGCUGUCUUCUCCUUCCUGUACUCCAUGGCAGCCAUGUCUGUGUACUGUUUCAUCCUGGAGAAGUACCGUGAAAACAACAAAGGCGCUCAGAUCGACUUCGUGGUGUCGGCCGUGUUCGCCUUCAUGUGGCUGGUGUCUUCCUGUGCUUGGGCCAAAGGUUUGUCAGACGUGAAAACGGCCACUGAUCCAGAGAAGGUCAUCACGCUCAUCGCAGCCUGUGAGGAGCAGGAGAACCGCUGCCGCGAGGUGCACGACCCCAAGGUCUCCGGUCUCAACACUUCUGUGGUGAGUUCUACAUGGAAACAUGUCGUUUCAGCCAAAUCUGGUCAAGUGAAUAACUCUAAAAUAACACAAUGGCACGCUCGCUUGUAAUACAA